CAGCCCAGCCCAGCCCGGACAGGCGGCGAGGAGCGCGAGGGGCAGGCGGCGGCGGCGCCCCUCUCCAGCCCGGAGUCUGCCCAGAACCAAGGGCCGUAACGCCACACCAUGUGCUGCAGACCCACGCUCAGUCCUUGGGUGGGAUUCCCCUCUUCCCUGACACACCCUUGAUGGCGCUGGAUCGCUUGUAGGAUGCAUUUCCUUCCCUCCUUCUUCCUGGUACGCCAUCCUCACCUGGCUUCGCCAGAUGGUGACUCCGCCCUUCAUCAUGAAUGACGAGGAGAUCUUCCACAGCAAUGCAGUGGCCUGGCUGGUUUGCUCAGGGCUCUCUGUCCUUGCCAACGCCUGGGGGAUUCUCAGCGUGAGCGCCAAGCAGAAGAAAUGGAAGCCGCUGGAGUUUCUCAUCUGCACGCUGGCUGGCACGCACAUCCUCAACAUUGCCAUACCCAUCACCAUGUACUCGGUGAUCCAGCUCCGCCGCCAGCACUCUGACUACAGGUGGAACGAGGGCCUUUGCAAAGUCUUCGUCUCGACCUUCUACACCUUGACUCUGGUCACCUGCUUCUCUGUCACCUCACUUUCCUAUCACCGGAUGUGGAUGGUCCGCUGGCCAGUUAACUACAGGUUAAGCAAUACCAAGAAGCAAGCUGUCCACACCGUCAUGGGCAUCUGGAUGGUGUCCUUCAUUCUCUCCACACUACCAGCUGUGGGGUGGCACGACACCACUGAACGAUUCUAUGCCAUUGACUGCCGGUUCAUAGUCACUGAGAUCGGCCUGGGCUUCGGAGUCUGCUUCCUGCUCUUAAUCAGUGGGAGCAUCAUCAUGGGGGUGGUCUGUGUGGCCAUCGCCCUCUUCCAGACUUUCUCCAUCCAGACACGAAACAACAUUGACAAGAACAAGUUCAACGUGCCCACCAUCGUCGUGGAGGAUGCCCAGGGCAAGCGCCGCUCAUCCAUCGAUGGCUCAGAACCCAUUAAGACUUCUCUGCAGAUCACCUAUUUAAUCACUGGGAUUGUUUUCAUAUAUGACUUCCUGAUGGGCUUUCCUAUACUGGUGGUGAGCUUUGCCAGUUUGAAGUCGGAUGCAGCCUACGACUGGAUGGUCCUGUGCGUGCUCUGGUGCUCAGUCGUACAGUCCUUCCUGCUGCCUCUCUUCCUCUGGGCCUGCGACCGCUACCGGGCUGACAUCAAGUCUGUCUGGGAGAAGUGUGUGGCCAUCAUGUCCAGUGACGAUGUGGGGGAAGAAAACAGCCUGGAUGGGGCGAUUCACACCGAUCUGAGAUAUGAGCGACCCUAUGAUUACAGCUUUGCUGGGGACGUCUUGACCUUGGACCACAUUGCCAAAUAUGACCUCUCGGCACUGGAGAGAGGCCUCCCCCAGGCCUCCCCCACAAAGCCUCCCCCAGAGGACAAAAUGCAAUAUCUCCAGGUUCCUCCCACCAGGCGCUUCUCCCACGACGAAACGGACAUCUGGACGACUGGGCAGAUUUCGGCCUAUCUCCAGCACUGUGGGGCAGGCGAGGAAAUGGCCACUGGGCUGGCCCACCUUCUCAUCCCACGGCACAGCUACGAGCGUAGGAGGAGCAGCCUCCUCUCCUACCAGGAGGAAGGGCAUCCCUACGGCAAGCGCCUGAAGUCUGCCGAGAGUGCCUUGUCCCUCAAGCCCUUCUCUUGCGAAGACUUCUGCAAGGAUGGCAGUGGCGGCUACAAGUGCUUCAGCAAGGAGGAGGUGGUGAAUUUCAUGGACGCCAGCCCCGUGCCCAGCCACAGGAAGUCCCCCUUGCGCUCGGCUUCCGUCUCCUUAAUCCCAGAUACCUUCCGGCAUUGCUCAGCCGCCGUGGCCCUGACCAACUUCCCUCUGACCACUUUCGAGCGGGAGCCACAGGGGCUAAGGCGCCUCUCAGCCCAGGGACGGGGAAGCUCCCUGACAGUCCCAGGGCCUUUUCUUGCCCAGGAGGACACCAAGACCCUCUUUCCCAAAGGGAGUGCCGGCACCCCUUGCCUCAAGCAGAUUCACAUCGAGUUGUGUGAGGACCAGGCCCCAGAGGAUCACCCGGCCAGCAGCAGUUGCUUUGAGUCAGAGGGCUUUCGGACAGCUCUCAGUCCCGCCUGGGGCGACGGAGAGGAGCUGCAGAAAAACGGGAGUGCCAGCAGCUUCCUGAGUUUGCCUUCAGCCUCCUCCGGGUACGUCACGUACCACUCAGACUCUGUCGGUUCGGCCUCCUAGAAGCAGAGCCGCCGGAGGCCAUUGUGAUUGCUGUUCAGUUCUGUCUCUGUCUCUCUUCCUCUUUCCUGCCCCACCUCUCUAAAAAGUUUCCUUCUCCUUGUGGUCUGGAUUUUGUAACAAGGACUUGGGCAAAGCACCAAAGAAACCAGACUCCGAUCUCUCUUGCGCGUUUUGCAAAAAGCCGGAGGGAAGAGGAGGCCGAGGCGCUAAGAGGAUUUAGAGCACUGUAGCAAAACCCACAUUGUCAUCGCUGGGCUGGACCAAACCCAGCACACUUGGUUCCCCUCUGGGGGAAACGUCCCAGGGGAAGAAUGCUGCGCUCCUUCUUUUUGCUUCCUUCCAGCUGUGCCAACCAGCUGGAGCUGAUCAGGAAUUUUCCAUUUUUUUAAUGAUCCUAUGUCCUCUCCCAGUACUUUAUAAGAUGAUGUAAAACUGUGCAUGAAUUUCUGUAUCAAACAAUUCUACGACGCAUCCUCCGGAUGGGGCUGUUACCAAAAGCCAAGGGCUUGAAAGGCGGGGGUGGUGUGGGGCACAGGGAAGGUGUCAGGAUUUCUCACAGGGGCUGUUGACAGGGAGGCAAAGCAAUCUGCAUUCCCUUCCCUAAAUUGGCUGUUCUUGGUCCCGGGGUGCGGGCUGAGAGCUGUGUGCAUUCCAUUUCUCCAUGAUAUCAUUGCAUGACUAGAGGGCUUGAGCCUUGCAGGAUAAGGGUCCUGGGAAAACUAGUGUUGUCAUUGAAGGAUCAGUGGCCGCUGGUGCCUCCGUGUCAGUGGGGCAGAGUAAUCCACUCUGGGGUUUAGCCUACACUUCCAAGCAACUGUCCAAAGAACUAGAGGCCUCCUUGAAGUGCCUUGGACAGCUCCUUGAAGCUUCAGACUAAAACCCUUAGCGGAUUACACUGCCCCGCUGACAUAGAGCCGUCAGCCACCACUGUGAAAGACAGACAGGAAGAGUGAACAAGCCAGACUUCCCCAACCUGGUGCCCUUCAGAUGUUGUUGGACUCUAACUCUCA